GACUAUUUUGCUGAGUCUGCACCAACCGUACGUAAUAAACUUUUCCCACGAGUUACGAUUGACGCUGCGCUGACUAUGCAUGUGAAUUGACCGCUACAUUCUAGGAAACGGGGAAAUCCAAACUGAUCGCCAUUUAAUCACACAAUAUAUCACUACCAGAUAAAUCACCAACCGGUAUACUGCAUGGAAAUAAGAAAUCGGUAACCCUGGAAAUACGAGAAAUUGGUAGCCUUGGAAACACGAGAAAAUGGUAGCCUUGGAAGAACGAGAAAUUGUAAGCCUUGGAAAUACGUUACAGAUACAAUAAAGAAGGUUCUUUAUUGCAUAUUCUUCUCAUGUGAUGGUAUAGCCGUAUAAAUUCUGGUGCCGAAGGACAAAAGUGUUACAGGUCGGUAUUACCGAGAUGUUAUACUAAAAAAGCUCAAGAAAUAUUAUCAUAAACGGCGCCCUGUAUCAGGAUUUAGGCGCGUUCGUCUACCUCAUGAUAAUGCUCCAUCACAUACAUCUGAGAUUGUGAAGCAAUUUUUGAAGUCGGAAAAGGUUACCGUCUUUCCACACCCACCAUACUCUCCAGAUCUAGUCCCAUGCGACUUUUUCCUUUUUCCAAAACUUAAAAAAUUCUAAUAUCUGGUCGUCGUAACAAGUUCCGACAAGCCCUUAGCUCAGCCAUCAGCCAGUGUCUCAGAGGUCUACCUAAAUCAGCGUACCGUGACGCAUUUCAGAAAUGGAUUCAGAGAUUAUGUAUUUCAAACCGCGGAGAAUACCUUGAAUGGAUGUAAUGUUCAUUUCACUAUCUGGGUCGAAUGCAUUUGAGAUAUCGUACAAUACACAAUGACAUUACAUAUUGAACAGCCCUCGUAUAUCGUUUCUCGUCCCGCUCGAGAAUUUUUCAUUCUUGAAUACGGAGACGGCACCAUGCCGGUGAAGAGCUGCAAAUUUUAGUCCUAUGCUCGGCGCUUAUGGCCUUAGGGCAAGGAGGGAUCUUUAUAGUGCCACACCUGCUGUGACAUGGACCUCGGAUUUUGCGGUCUCAUCCGAAGGACCGCCCCAUUUAGUCGCCUCUAAUUUAUAACAAUUAAGCAAGGGGUACUGAGAACCUGGGCUCCAAAGUCCAACCCUUCGUCCUCGCCGUGGAGCCUGGAAACGGCGCGAGCCGGCUAACGGGGCUCUGGUGAAGCUGGAGGGCCAACCACCCACCAGUGGAUACAUUCGGUUACAGAAACGUCUACAGUAGCAACCCCUCUUACUCGUCUCAGACUUGAGAAAGAGGAUAAUAUUCCAAUUCAAAUGAAACGAGGAUGACGCGAGAGCCGACAAUGUUGCUCUCAGCGAAACAUUCCACGAGGAUAGGAGCGUGGAAUGUCAGAACGUUAUACCAAAGUGGGAAAUGUCAACAGCUGGCUAGAGAGAUGUACAGGUAUAACAUUGAAAUCCUAGGAAUCAGUGAAGUUAGAUGGAACACAUCAGGAAUGACUACUUUACCAUCUGGGCACACCAUCAUUUACUCAGGCAACCCUAGCAAAGAUGACCCACAUGACAAAGGAGUAGGAUUCAUGCUUACCAAGAAAGCAACAAGAGCUCUUCUGGAAUGGAACCCAGUGUCAUCAAGGAUAAUCUCAGCAAGAUUCGAGACUAAAUUCCAAAAGACUACUAUCAUUCAAGUGUACGCUCCAACAAACAACGCAGAGGAGAAUGAGAAGGAAGAUUUUUAUUCCUCACUACAAACAGUUUUUAACAAUGUACCCAAACGCGGCAUCCUUAUGAUCACUGGUGAUCUAAAUGCUAAAGUUGGGUCGGAAAGAGUGGGACGAGAAUGUGAAAUCGGACCCCAUGGCAUUGGAACCAUCAAUGAGAAUGGUGAGCUUUUCACUGACUUCUGUGCAGUGAACAGUUUGGUCAUUGGAGGCACGCUCUUUCCGCACAAACCUUGCCAUAAAACAACCUGGAUGUCACCAACUGGAGAAACAGAACCAAAUAGAUCACUUUGCCAUUGCCCGAAGAUGGAGAUCAUCUCUACUAGAUGUAAGAGUUAAAAGAGGAGCAGACAUAUCUUCGAACCAUCAUCUAGUGGUAGCAAAGAUAAGACUGAAGAUCCUAGCACAGAAAAGAACAGAAACAAAGAGAAGAAAAUUCAAUAUAGGAAGAUUGAAAGACCCAAACAUAGCA